UCCCUGAGUGAAUAAAACCUCAGGUUGGUGAGUGGUCCAGCCCAAGUUGACUGGUUCCCGUUCAGAGCACCACUCUUCAGGCCCACCUCGCUGCCUUCCUCAUCGUCUCUUUCUUUUUAAAACACUGAAAAAGCAAAGCAGGGACCAUGGCUGGCAUCUACCCACAGCUAGAAGACCUUGUCCGUGGCUGCUACGUGGAGUUAGUAAACUCCUGUGCUACCGUCACCCUCACUAACCCACAGGUGUACAUGGAAAGAGGACGUUGCAGUGUCCCCCUGGCCCUCAACCUGAAACCGAAAUCCAGCAGCAUGGCCACAUUCGUGAAGACCAGCGGCACGGCCACCGGCGCGGUGGGCGUCCUUACCUACCACCUGUCAAAUGCCGUACCGCACAGCGACCGCGAUAAUAAUCAACUCAAGCUGGCUGUCAUGUUCUCUGUGCCCUUUAACCGUAACUCGUAUAGUAACUGGUUUGCUAUUGGCCUCAUUGACAGCCAAAUUCCUUGCUGCCAAGAGCUCUACUCCUUUAUGUACUACAAGUAUGCACCUGAGUUUGUCCGUGGCGAAGGGGGUGGCAGCAGCCUAAAAUACAAGGGAGGGCAUGUUGUGGUCCAAGCCAGCAUGUCCGACACCGGCACGGCCUUGCUGAAGGUUGAAGUCAGUGACAGGUAGAGCUGGGCUGUUAAUUGAUUUUUAAUCAUAAUUCGAAUUUAUGGUUUAGGACGAUUUUUUUUAAAUGAAAAUCGAUUACUUUUGAACUUUUAUUUUUAACAAGUGCAAUGAUUUAAAUCUGGUAUUUACGGUAGCGCCACCACUUCCCCUUUUCCGAGGUCCCGUGGUCCAUAGUAACGCCCCCUCCUCUUCAGAAAAAGUAAAAAACAAACAUGGUCUGUGGCAACCAAAAGCAGCAGCAUAACACGCAGCAGAGUGGGAGAUGUAUGAUAUAUUUUUUGCUUUUGUUAAUCAUUGUUAUUCUUUGCAUGGAUCAAAACAAAAUAUAUAUAUUUUUGUCAUUUAUAGAAAAAAAAUUGAUCAAAAUCAAUAAUCGGGUUUGGUUUGAAAAUAUCUGAGAUUUAAUUUUUAAGACAAAUCGCCCAGCCCUAUUGACAACCAAGAGGAGAAGCUCUGUGUGAAUACCCCCUGUAGUAUAAACUAUAUCAAUCAGAUGGUCGUCAUGAAACCAGGUUUAAAAAUCAAUACACAACAAUGGGUGUCUGAGUAGGUUACCCUCUUAAAAAAUGCAUUAAAGCCUUAACC